AUGGCGGCCCCAGUCGACGACCUCUCUCGGUCGGAGUACCCGGCUAUGCUCGCCAAUUUACAACCCAGCCAAGCUGUGCAAGCCCUUUCGGACCGAGUCAAGCGCAUUACGAGAGCCAACCAGGAGAUUGCCGACUGGCUUCAGGAGCGUAGGCGAGUCGAAGAACAAUAUGUCGCUGGUCUGCGGAAGCUAUUGGUAUUCAAGGUCCCGAAUGCUGCCUCUGAACUUGGAAUUUUUCAAGCACCAUGGGACAAGAUUCUGAGCUCCACCGACGGCAUUGCCGCGUCCCACCAGCUUUUCGCGCAGCGUAUCGAUAAAGAUGUCGAGCAACCUCUCCGGAACUUCCAGAACAAGAAGGAGAUGCAAAACAUGCACACGAUCAGCGCCAACCUUAGCGCCAUGGCCAAGGAGCUGGACGAUGCAACCGACAAGUCGGAGAAGCUGAACAGAAAAGGAGGCAAGGCAAACGCCCAGAAAGUGGACCAGGCUGCGGCCCGACUUGAGUCCGCCACGCAGACGUGGGAGUCGCAGGCGCCCUUCAUUUACGAGACUUUCCAGGCCGUAGAUGAGCAGCGGAUCAACCACCUGCGCGAUGUGUUGACCCAGUUCGAAACCCACGAAGUCGACCAGGCCACCCGAACCCAGGCGGCUGCCGAGGAGGUUCUUAAUGUGAUGUUAGAAGUCAACACUGCCCAAGAGAUCCAAAAUUUUGUGCAGAGGGCGACGGCUGGCAAACCAAGAAUCGAGCGUAAAUCGACCAAUACCCGGCAGGCCACUCCCGUGACUCCAACGGCCGCCCCCCCAAGCAUUACUGCCGACGACGUGAGCGAACACUCGGGACCCCGAGAGAACCCUCCAGAGUCGAAGCUUCGCAGCCGGAUUGGCACAAUGCUCGGCCGGCGGCGCCAGAGCGUCCAUGCUGGCUUUGGGCAACUGGGCUCCCCUCCAAAGAGUCUUGGUUCGUUUUCCCGUGGUCUUUCGAGCAGCCACAGCCAGACCCUCUCUCCACGGGCUUCAUCUCACAACCUGGCCGACUCUCAACAUAGACUCCCGUCGGUGGUCGAGAGCCCGAACCCGGAACAAGGUCGGCAAUCCACAGCUGAGAAUGAGCCGAGCAAGAAGUCGCAUGAAGCCACGAAUGGAGUUUCCGGUGGGGAAGGCCCCUCGGAUGCCAAACAGUCACAACCGAGCUUGCUGAAUGGGACGGCGGAGGAUAUUUUCGAUGCCACCCCGUCGGCCCCACAGCCGCAGGGUAAGGAGCAGGUUGGUAAGGACUCGGAUGGGUUCACAAUACCCCCCGAAAUGAAUGACCCCAUUUCCCAAGCCCAACGGGAAGCUGCAGCUGAGGAAGGCGACCACGUUUUCAAGCUGAACAUUCAAAAUGAGCCCAUCCCCGAAGAAGAUCAGGACGCGAAACAGGCAGCUCUGUCAAGUGUUGCUAAUGCUUUGAACAUGGGCAUGCCAUCGCGGAAGGCGGGCACCGUCCGGGGCCGGAGAGAUGUCAGGAAUACCGUGUACAUGCCGUCUUUGCCAACUCACGAGACCCCCGAAAACACAUUCCCGCUCUCAGCCUCGCCGUCGCUACCCACGAGCUCCACGUUCCCGAAGCCUACGCCUCCCGCGACUUUCGCCUCUGAGCCUAGCCAAGCCUCUGAUACGCAAUCCAUACGGUCUGGGACUUCGUUUGGCGGCUCCUCCGCCCUUGCUGGCGCCGCACGAUCAAAACACCCAGACAUGGUUGGGCCAUCAUACGGUCCGGGGCUGCACUCGUCCAUCAUUGAAACGGUGUCUGCGGUCUUCCAAGAAGGAGAGCCCACCUCUGUCAAGAUGAAUGGCGAGAUUGCUUUCUCCUACGUUCCCGACCCUGAGCAUCCCUUUGCAGACCAUGAGACCAUCCGCCUCGACAAGUUUGCCGUCCUCGAAUCAAUUGGCCCUAACCGCGUCUUCGUAACCAACACCACCGCCCCCGACGAGUUCUCUAUUGACCUUUCUUACCUCAAUACCACCACACCAGCUUUUACCUACCGUGUCCAUGCGGACUCCGACACCGCCCUCGCCUCUCAUUGCCCCAUAGCCGUCUAUCCCGUCUGGAAACCCCAGGCUGACAAGCUUGGCCUGCUUCUGCAGUACCGCCUGAAUCCGUCUUUCUCUCAGCACCAGGGGCCUGUGGUGUUGUCUAACGUAGUAUUCAUCGCCACUUACGAAGGCGCCCGUGCCAGCGGCGUGCAGACCAAACCGUCAGGCACCCAUCUCAAAGACAAGCAUCUUGUGUACUGGCGUCUCGGUGACCUGACGCUGACCGAUGGCUGGGCUAAGAUCAUUUGCCGUGUUAUUGGCGAGCAAAAUGCGGAGCCGUUGCCGGGCAAGGUGGAGGUGCGUUGGGAGUGGACGCCAUCACCGGACGCGGAAGCAGGGAGCGGGAUUUCAGUGUUGCGGCUGUUGCCAGAGGGCAAGGGGAAAGGCAAGGCUACUGAGGCCCCGGAGGAAGAGGAUCCGUUUGCUGAUGCUAGCUCUCCGCCGGGAUCGCCGAGCCCUUCGGCAUCACCAGGGAAGGUGUGGAAGGAUGUGCCGCUUGUAAAGCGAUUGGUGGCCGGGAAGUACGAAUCGAAAUAA